CCGAGCGGGGCAGCGGGGCCUCCCGCGCUGAGCCCGCAGGGGUCCCGAGCAGGAUGGGCGCGCCGGCCUCCAGGCCGCUGGACAAGCAGCAGCAGCAGCGUGUGAGGGACCGCAUGGACGCGCUGCUGCGGACCUUCCUGCCCCGCUACCGCGCCCAGCUGGCGGCUGCCGUCCUGAGGCGACUCUCCGGGGAGCGGGGCCCGCGGGAGCCGGCGGGGCCGCAGCUGCUCCGCAGCGAGAAGCUGCCCCGGGUCCGCGAGCACCGAGGGGCCCUGGCGUGGCUGCAGGGCCGCCCGCCGCGGUGGCAGCCCGUGUUCUGCGUCCUGCGCGGGGACGGCCGCCUGGAGUGGUUCGGCCACCAGGAGGAAUUCGAGAACGGGGUUCGCCCGCUGGGCUCCGUCGCCCUGACGGGGUUCACGCUGGGGACCUCACGGCGGGACGUCCAGCUCGGCCGGCAGCUUGCAGACCGCGGCCAGGAGAGGCGGGCAGCCCCGCCGGAGGUCCCAGCGCGCUUCCCCUUGUGUCUGCGACACCCUUUCCGCCAGCCCCUCUGCUUCUCGGGCCCCAGUGCGGAGCUUCAGCGUGCCUGGAGGCUGGCCCUGCAGAGCGCCAUCCGGCUGCGGGACACCGUCCUGCAGCGCAGCCAGGACCCCGCGGCCCGCGCCUUCCUGGACGCUGUCCGACACUACCGACAGCACCAGGGCCACUUCGGCGAGGACGACGCGACGCUGGGCUCGGACGCCGAGGUGCUGACCGCGGUGCUGAUGCGGGAGCUGCUGCCGGACCUGCGGGCGCGGACAGGGCCGGGCCUGCGGGGCGCCGCCUGGGCCGAGCUGCUGGACACGGUUUACGCCUUGGUUCUGGCCGAAGCCUCCGCGGGGCUCUGCGCCUUCCAGCCAGAGAAGACCGAGCUGCUGGCGACGCUGGAGAGGACGGUGCGCGUCGACCUGGACCAGACGCUGCAGCUGCGCGCGCUCGCCGCGGAGAGAAUUCGGGCGGACGUCCAGGGUGCGUUGGAGUCGCGUCUGCGCCCAGCUCUGGAUGCGUGGCUGCCCGGGGCCGCGCAGGCGCUGCUGGACGCCGUGGGGGCCACGCUGGACGCGGUGAGGAGCCUCCUCACAGGGGCCGUGGACCGCCUGACCCGCCGGCUGCGCGGGAGGCCCUCAGCCGCGGGGCUCCGCCGGGAGGUGCACGCCUUGGCCGCCAUACCCUGGAGCCCUGAGCGGAUGGAGAGGAUCUAUGAAGAGGCCGCGCGGCGCCGGGCGCAGCUGGCGGUGCUGACCGCCCCGUUCGGCUUCCAGGGCGCGCGGAGCCUGGUGUUCGGGGUUCAGGGUGUGGCGCAGCAGCUCAUGGCCGACGCAGUGGCCACCUUCUUGCAGCUGGCUGACCAGUGUCUGACCUCGGCUCUGGAGCCUGACCAGGCUUUGGGGCAGCUGGAGAGAGUCAGGAGCCUUGUGCUGAAGAAGCUCUCCUGGGACAGCGAGCAGGCACGGUGGAGGUGCUCCCGGGACUGGCUCCUCGCCACCCUCCUGCCCUUCUCUCUGGGCCAGCUGGGCCAGGCCCAGGCCGGGCUGGGACGCCUGAGGACGGAGCUCAGCACCUGCAGGAUUUGUUGUUGGCACACAUCCCUCAUGACUCUUCCUCCAGCCCAUGAAUCCCCUCGGCUCACAGUCCAUUCUACAGAGGAGAAAACAGGCCAGGGUCCCCAGCUCCUCAGGGGAGUGCUGACCCCCUUGUGGGCUGCGGGAGUCCCACUCUGUCCUCCCCCACCCCCAUGUGUACAGGAGCUGCUGGAGGCGCAGGCUGUGGCCACGGAGGGGGACGCGGCCACCGGAGUCUAUGAGGAUGUGGUCCGGGAGGUCUUGCUGCAGAAGAUCGAUGAUGGUGGGCCCACCUGCCUGCACACUGUCCUCUGCCCAGCUUUCCUGAGGCCUCUCUGAAGGCCAGAGCAGUGGGGGAAAGCUGCAAAGGUCAUGUCCUGUAGUCUGGAACCCAGGCCUGGCCUCCCGCAUGGCCCUGUUGCAGCUACUGCUGGGCUCUCUAGGCUGCCUGGUGUGGCCGGCAGCUCCCAGCUUGGCGACAGAUGGCCCCUUGGGGCUGGACAUGGCCAGUCAGAACUGCCAGCUCCCCAGAGCCAGGAGCAAGGGCCAGACUGCCCUUGUCUGGGGUGACUUCUCUCGGAACAGCUGGUGUGUUUGGUUUUCAUGCGUUUAUUUGUAAAUUUAAUUUGUGCUGGUACCAGAGCUGUUUGAACUGAGGGCUUCCUGCCUGCUUGGCUGGUGCUCUACCACUUGAGCCUUACCCCCAGCCUGACUUUUUUAU